AUUCAUUGUGAGAUAUUUAAAAAAACAGUAAAUUAAGAGAAUCUAAUAAUGAAAAGAGAGAGUCAAUUAGUAGAAAAUUAGACUCACUUUAUAGGUAGCAAUCAGAACAUUUAAAAUUAGGAGAACAUUGUACAAGAAGAAGCGUAGGAAUACAAUACUCCUGUAAUGAGGUGUGUUCAAGAUCAAGCCUCAUUGCAAUAAAGAAAUACAAUAAAUUAACCUUAAAUUUCUAACAUUCGAAGCAGCAUUAAAGAAAUAAGUACCUCACCUUUUUAGGUUUAGAGAGAGCGUAAAUCUACUUUUUCUAGAUAGUUUUAAGAAUAAAUACAAUCUGCCGCUGCAGUGGCUACUAUGAGAUAGGAAGAAGAGGAUAAAAUUAAUAGCAAGCACGAAGACUUGAAUGAUGAAGUCAAUGAAUAAGCUGAGGAGUAGUUUGAAGUUAGCCAGAAAAUAAUUUAAUACUUAAAAAAUGCUUCUUUUUCGAUAUUUAAUUUGAUCACUAAUUAGGUGUAGCAAUUUUAAAAUAAAGAUAUGGAAACUAAAUAUAUACAAACUAGGCUAGAGAAUACUUUUGAUAGCUUUAUCUGUAUUUAGUCCUGUUUAAUUUUAAGUUAUCUUGCUUUAUUUAUAAUUAACAUUUCAAAAGGUGAGUUUAGUAAUUAGGCGAACUCUACUUAGUAAAAUUCUUCUUCACAACCUGGUAACUCUUUAUAAUAUAAAUUUCAUAACUCUCUCAUUGAAGUUAUAUGGCAAUUAAUCAUAGCAAUAUUGAAUUUGGGAUUAAUUUGUAUCAGCAAAAGCGAUAAGCUUACUGUAAGAGGUAUUCUUAUUCUAUGUUAACUGGCUGAAUUGGUUAACUUAGAUAGAUUAUUAUUUGGAGAUAUUAACGAUUAUUUAUAUGACAGUUUUACUAACACUUCUUCCUCUAAUUCUGCCACAAAUGACUCAUGUUCUCUUGAGUCAUCUGAUAAUUUGGAUACAUAUAUGGAAUUAAGAUAUGAAUUAAUCAAAUCUUUUGUUAUCAUGAUUGGUUGCUUUUUGUUUAUUAAAAAUAUGGUUGGCUGGAAUUUCAGAUUGCUUUUUAGUUUAAUGCUCACUUGCACUUUUGGUAUUAUCUUAUAUCACGAAAACUCAUUUUGGUUAUUUUUGACUUCUCUGAUUAUUUUAACUAUUGUAUUUAAUUACUACUAUUAUUACGAAGAGAAGAAGAGUAGAAUUAUGUUUGCUGAGAUCUACUCUCACUAAGACUAGAAUUCUCCAAGUCUCUACAACAUGAUCCACGAGUAGAUAUCUUCUGGCUUAAUUGUCGUAGCUCGCAACUAUUCUGAAGGUAGUAACGAGCUACUUUAACUAAAAUUUGCUAAUAAAAUAUCUAUUGAACAGCUCUAAUGCAGUAAUGAGAGUAAUAUAUUACAAAAAUUUAAAGAAAUUUCAGUUAAAUCAGAAAUGAAUAAGUCUGUGGGAGAUAAUAAAAGCUAAGGAGACACGUCUUCGUUUGACCUAAACUCGAAAGACAAUAAGGAUGAUUAAUUAGAGAAUUAGAAAGGAGAUACAAAGCGAAAUUCUAGUAAUAAUUCUAACUAAACGUUGUAUGAUAAGUUAGUUCAAUAUAUUGAAGAUAUUCUCAAAGCUCAGUAAGAGCAACAAAAGUAGCUAAAUGAAUAAAAUAAUAUGAUGAGUAUCCAUUCUAUAAAGAAUCAGAAACAUUAAGUUUAUCAGCCUAGCAUCAUUAAUAAAUUAAAGACUGAUUAAAGUAAGAAAACAAACAGCAUGAUUUAACUAGGCAAAUCAACUUAGCGAAUUUAGAAGAGAUAAAAUAGCUCAACACCUUUUAACAGUAAAAAUAAGAUUUAAACUCCUAAUAAUCAUAGUACCUUAAUUAAGGCUAAUUAUAGCAGCAAUCUGAUUUAAGCAAGUAAUUUGAAAUAAAUUUAAUCAGAAAUUUCUAUCAAACAGAAGAAUUUUUCAAAUCUUUAAGAAUAAAACCAAAAAACUAAUUAAAAUAUAUCAAAUAUUAAGAUAGAAAAUAACCCAGAUUUAAAGCUUAAAAAAAAGACCAGUUUUAUUAAUAUAAAUGCAGUUGUCAGUUCAUAUACUCCUUAAAAUGCAGCUUUUAAUGGUGCUUCUCCUAUCCGUGGAGGAAAUAUUGGAAAGUCAACUCCAAGUGGGGAUGAGGCUUACUACGAUUCUUAAAACAGAGGAAGUAGCAAUACUAAAAUUAAAAUUUUAUAAAGUGCCUUUUCAAAUAAUAAUUCUCCUGAUCGCAGAAAAGCUGCAGAUAAAAAAAACGAAAAAAGUUCAUUUGGAUAACUUAUUUAUGGAGUGCUAAAGUCAAGUAAUUAAGACAGCCAAUAAAAAAGCGAAUUAAAUCAAUAAGUGUUGAAAGAGCAGAUUUCAAAUUAGAAAGAGAAGCCCUCAAGCAAGAAUAGGAUAAGUUCGACUCCAAAAUAAUCAAAAUAUCAUUAAAAAGUUAAAGACAAUCAAUUUGAAGAUGAAAGUUGCAACAUCAGAGAUGAAUAAAUGUAAUCAAUUGAUUAAAAUAUUAAGACUGUGCAUUUGGGAUCUAACAAUACUUGUAAAUUACGUAAAACGAAUAAUAAGGAAAGAAAUAAUUCGAAAUAAAAUGAAGAUGAUGAAAAUGAAUCCCAAGAAAGCAGUAGUAGCAGCAGCAGCAGCUGUAAGAGCGAAGAAAAUGCAACAAAAGACAAAAAUAUGUUUGCAAAUAGUACAAUUUAAGUACAAUUACCGACUUCCGAAAUUAGUUUUCAGCAAUUUGAUUUUAAAAUAAAUUUAAUUGAAUGGGAUAAUUCACCUGCUCUUAUAAUAUUGGUUACUGAGACAACAGAAAAACUUGUUAAUGAAAAACUUAGAGAGUUAGAAAUGUACAAAGAAGAAUUGCUUUAUACAAUGCAGCAUAUUUCUCGUACUCCUUUAAAUAGCAUCAUCAAUCUCUCAGAUAUUAUGUUAAAUGAAUAUUCGAGGCAGUAUCGAAUAACAAGCAGUUAAAGAUAGAUUAUGAAUAUCCACUCUAUUUUGUAAAGCAAUAAUUAAAUUGCAAAUAAUGCAAAUAAUCAUCAGCAAAUCAAUGCUGUUUCUAUUAACAAUAAUAAUACAAACAUAAAUAGCAACUAAUAUUUAAGACAAGCAAGUACAAAUUCUUAAAUUAAUAUAGUAUUGAAUAACUAAAAUAAUAACACUCCAAGUGUAAUUAAUAAUUAUCCCAGCUUAAAUUAACAUUUUUCUAGUGUAAAUCCUUAAUAAUAAUUAGAGAGUUAAUAGCAAAAUAAUUUAAAUCAGCCCUUAAAUAAUUUCAUAAGCAAUCCUAACUCUAACAGCCCUUAAAAAAUAGCUACAUAAUUAACAAAUAAUAAUGCUAACGCUAUAUUUUCACUUCAAGAGUAGUAGCUUAACGAAUUAGAAUCUGUUGUACAGAACCUGCAUAUCAUUAAAAAUAAUGGAUUAAUACUGCUACAUACUAUAAAUACUGUGACAGAUUUGUCAUAUUUUUAGACAAAUUAGGGUAAACUUAAUAUUGAUCCUGAAAGUUUCAGCUUACAAAAUGUAAUAGAAGAAAUUUAUGAUCUUUACCUUCAUUAAAUUUAAGAAAAGAAACUCACAUUUUAAUUCUAUAUCCCACAAAAUUUAGAUAAUGUUUUCUCUGAUAAAAAACGUGUUUUGCAGGUUUUAUUUGAAAUAAUUGGGAAUGCAAUAAAAUAUACUAAUAAUGGAUUUAUUUAAGUCAAGAUUAAGGAGUAAGAAAAAGGGUUGAUUUGGGUUAAAGUUUAAGAUAGUGGUUAAGGUAUGUCCGAAAGCUAAAAGCACAGUCUAUUUAGCAAUAAACUUAUUUAGUAUUAUAGCAGAGAAAGAGAUUUUAGUAAAAAAAAUAGUGCAGGCUUAGGUCUUGAUUUCUCUAGAAAAGUUGUAGGCAUCCUUGGUCCUUUUCAUGAAAUAUUUAUCAAAUCCUCUGAGGGAGUAGGGAGCGCCUUUAAGUUUUUACUCUACAGUGAUUACAAAAUAAAAAAUAAAGUAGAUAUACAUGAAUUAAAGUAGCGCUUAUAAAAGUUGUAGAUUUAAAAUGAGCUCGGAGGAGGAAUAUUCACACCAGAUAUUUUGCAUCCCUAAAAAAAUGAAAUAAAUUUUUUUUCUUAAAAUAAUCAAACAGCAAAUAUAAGUUAGUAGGCUCAUGCUCAAAGCAGCAAUUAAAUGCUAAUGAAGAAAAUAAAUGAAAAUUAGCAGCAUCCUCAGUCAACGUUUCAAAAACACAUUAAAAGAGGAUCUAAUAAUUUGGUUCAAAAUUAAAUACCAAAUACAAAUAACAGUAGGAUUUAUGAUAUCAAUGAUUUUAACGGGGCUGUAUCAGAUGUAGUUGAAGGUGAAUUUCAAUCAAAUAACAAAAUUGUUUAAAACACUACAAAAAAAGAUAUAGAAAAUUAGACAUAAAAUUUUAAUGGCUUCAAUGGAGAUAAAUCGAAUCUCUCCUACCUUAAAUAUUCUUAACCUAAAAUGGAAAAAUAUAUGUCUUUAGAAUAUGAUACUAAUUAGAAAUAUAGAUUUCCUUAAUCUGCUUAACUAAAUCAGGUAUCUACAUUUGAUCAUGAAGGUGCUCUUUCCUCUGCAAUUGGUGGAGGAUUAAACAACAAAAAGAAAAAAAAGAAUUAGAGUAAAGGCUAACAUUUAAAUUCUCAACAUGCUUUACAGGUUCAGCAGCAAAGAAUAGGAUAAAUAAUAUCUGAUAAUAAAAAAAUGAUAAGCGAUUAAAGGAUACCAUGUAUUGAUAUUAAUGAAGAUAUUGAAUAAAAAUAUAAUGGUGGGGAGGGAGAUAUGGAUUCAAAUCUUAAAUCAUUGAAUUUGAAUAAAGGAUAUAAAUAAAAUCACAGCUAAGACUCUCAGAAUAAAUCGCAUAAAAUAGACUAGAAUAAUUAUUCGACUAGAAAUAUUGACGAUUCUACAGCUUAAAACUAGAAUUCAAAUAAUUUAAAUUUUAACAUGCACCAUAGAUAAUCUUUUGUUACACCUUUCAAUCACGAAAUAAAAGAAUAAGAUAAUAUUGUCUAAGUUCAUAUCAAUUCCUACUUUUAAAAUAUUCAUGAGUCUCCCCAUAUUUAAUCACAAAGAUUAAAUCAUUCGCAAAAUGUUUCUGAUGAUUCUUGUAUCACAGUUGGAGCUAUAAAUAAUUUUCUUCAUCAAUCACAAUCAGUAGAUUAAAGUGGUCAGUUUCCAAAACGUGUUUACAAUUCGACUUCAACUAAACCUAAUAAUUUAAAAUAAUUAGGUCCUUCCAUAUUUAUGCAGAGAUUUCCUUAGAAUUAAGAACAUCAGUAAAAUUAGUAAUAAUACUUUAAUUUACAUCUUUAAAAGCCUAACUUGUUUAACUUUAAUACAAUCUCUCACUAAAGGAUAGAAAUUAAUUAAGUAGUUAAUAAAAAUAAUGUGGUUGAUGAUUUCGAAAAUUAAGAACCUCCUCCUGAAUAAUCUUUAUUAGAACACGGUUCACCAGGUAUAUAAAAUAAGCACGAGAGUAUUUAUAUAGAUUAAAUUAGCCCUCAUCCAAAACUUGGAUAUAAAGUCUAGUCCUUAAUUUAAUAAUAAUAAUAACAAUAACAACAAAUAUUGCAGCAGUAAUCUCCUUAAAAUAAUCAGCAGUAAGUUUCUCAGAUUUAAUAAUAUCAGCCAAGUUCUCCAUUUAAGAGAGUGAAACUAGAAAGAAAAGAAACUAAAAACUCUACUUUAAUAUGUCAAACACUUAAAAUAGAUGAUUAUGAUUCAAUGCUUUACCAUACAUUUCCAGAAAAAAGCUAUGUGCUUGGUGUUGAUGAUAACAUUUUUAACUUAAAUAUUUUAGAAAUGGUGUUUAAAAAGUGCAGCAAUGUCAUUUUUCAUAAAGCUGGUAAUGGUGAAGAAGCACUUUAGAAAGUAAAAGAAUUAAAAAAUAGCUAAAAUGCUUACUACAAAGUCUUCUUAUUGGAUAUUUAAAUGCCUAUUAUGGAUGGAUAUAAAACGCAUAGCGAGUUAAAAAAACUAAUGAAAAAAAAGUUUAUUGAGCAUAGUCCUGUAUUUGCUGUUACAGCUUUUGCAAACGAAAAAUAAAUAUGUAUAUAGUAAGGUAUGGAAGGCUUUAUUGAAAAGCCAAUUAACAUGAAAUUAUUAAUCAAUCUAAUGUUUGAUUAUUUUGUUAAAAAUAUAAGAAAUAAUAAUUCUUGA